CCCACAGAAACUGGGCUUCGGUUUCUCUCUCCAAAUUUCAAAUUUACAUUUCUAAGCGGGAAGUGAAGCGAAGACCACCUGCCUCUAAUGGCGGAUGGCAACAAGAAGCCGGCGAUGAGUCUCAAUCAGCUCCACAAUCGAUUUCUAUCCGCCUCUCAAGCUAGACCCAAACAAAAACCUGUUGAUCAUACUAGUGCCUUGCCAACGGGGAAGCCCGCCCACGCACUUGAUGAUGCCCCGCGGUUUGAUUUUGGUUCUCCUUCUCCUUCUCCUCCUCCUACCCAAGGAGAGGUGGAUGUCAAGGAGCCUGUCUCGAGGCUUAACGAUUCAUCUCCCCGGCUAUUUGCAGGCUUUGAUGAUUUCGAUUCGCGAUCUCCCAUCUAUGCCUCCAAACCACCUGAAAGUUGCAAGACAACUGAAGAAGAGGAAAGUUCUUUUAAGAAGAAUUCUGCUACUUCUGACUCAGUUGGUGUGGAUCUCAACAAUAUUCAGCUGGAGAGCAGUAAAAUACCUGCAGAAGCUAAUGCUGAGGAGGGAAAAUCUUUGUUAUCUGGUGUUACUGAUAAUUCCGAUGUUCCACGAGAAGAGAAGCAAAAGAAGGUUAGAAUGGAAGGCAGACGUCGCCUCUGCAAAAUUUCUGAGAACAAUGAAGACACCACUGGUGCUGGGGAAAAAGCUAGUAGUGCUCAAGAACCAACUGUUGAUGAUAUUUGGGAUUUCGACUCACCAUUGCCAGUCAAGAAAACAUGCGAGAGUAGUGGAAAUGAAAUCAUGGAUAUACUUAAUGACUUGAGCUCCAAACUUGAGAUCCUUUCCAUCGAGAAGAAAAGGAUUCCCAAGAAAGUAGAUACCAUGGAUGGUUUUCAGGGCUCAUUGAAAAGUAAAUUACAUGAUGUAACCAUCAAAGAGGGGUUCCAUGAUUAUAAAGCUGAUGUUUCUUCACACGUACCACACUCUUAUUCCCAAGAUGAAACAGCUGGGACAAAAGGUGCUGGUAAUUUCACCAAUAAAUAUCAGAAGAACAAAACUAGGGGUUCUGAUGCAGUGGCUGAGAGCUAUGUUGGUAAGCCCAGCAGAAACAUGGAUAAGUAUGAAAAGAUAAUGAAUAUUGAACCAGCGAAGGAACAUGCAAAGACAGGGUCAACUAAAGAAUUCCAAGAUUAUAGUUACAGAAAUGAAGAUGAAGAUUAUGUGGCUUUGAGUAAACGACCCCCCUAUAAAAUGGAUAAGUAUGAAAGGCCAAUAAAUAUUGAACCAGCGAGGGUUCAUGCAAAGUCAGGGUCAACUAAAGAAUUCCAAGAUUAUAGUUACAAAAAUGAAGAUGAAGAUUAUGUGGCUUUGAGUAAACGACCCCCCUAUAAAAAACCGGAUGGUCAAACAAAGUUUAUUAAGGUGUCUGAUGAAGAAUCUGAUGAGGUGACUACAUUUGACAAUCAUGUAGACGAAUUCACUCUGAGUGGUCUGAGGGGCACAUACAAGCUACCACAUAAAAUAGCAAAUAUGCUGUAUCCUCACCAGAGAGAAGGACUAAAGUGGCUUUGGUCUCUUCAUUGCAAGGGUAAGGGUGGUAUUUUGGGUGAUGAUAUGGGCCUAGGAAAGACAAUGCAGAUUUGCAGUUAUUUGUGUGGACUAUUCCAUUCAAAUUUGAUCCGGAGAGUCUUGAUUGUUGCACCUAAGACCUUGUUAACCCAUUGGAUAAAUGAACUAUCAACAGUUGGACUUUCAGAGAAGACAAGAGAGUAUUUUGCAACUUGCCAAAAGACUAGGCACUAUGAGCUCCAAUAUGUACUUCAGGACAAAGGUAUUCUUCUCACAACAUAUGAUAUAGUGCGGAACAACACAAAAUCCUUAUGUGGAGAUCACCGUUACAAUGUGGAUGGUGAAGAAGAUGAAUUGACAUGGGAUUAUAUGAUACUUGAUGAGGGCCACCUGAUAAAAAAUCCGAGUACCCAGAGGGCGAAAAGUUUGCUUCAAAUACCUUGUCGUCAUCGUAUCAUUAUCAGUGGAACACCACUCCAGAACAAUCUCAAGGAACUAUGGGCUUUAUUUAAUUUCUCCUGUCCAGAGCUGCUGGGUGACAAAAAAGAGUUCAAGGAUAAAUAUGAGUACUUCAUCAGUCGGGGAAAUGAGAAAAAUGCUUCUGAUAGGGAAAAGCACAUUGGUUCAUCAGUUGCAAAGAAACUGAGAGAUUGCAUUCAGCCAUAUUUCUUGAGAAGAAUGAAAAGUGAAGUUUUUCGUGAUGAUGCCUCACUUUCCAACAAGAAUGAACUUAUUGUAUGGUUACGGUUGACACAAUGCCAGCGCCGACUGUAUGAAGCUUUCUUAAACAGUGAGAUUGUUGUCUCUGCUUGUGAUGGCUCACCUCUUGCUGCACUUACGAUCUUGAAAAAAAUAUGUGAUCAUCCGCUUAUAUUGACAAAAAGAGCUGCCGAAGACCUUCUCGAAGGGAUGGAUGAUUCCAUGGCUGAGCAGGAAGAUCAUAAAGUUGCUGAAAAACUGGCAAUGCACAUAGCAGAUGUUGCAGAUAGAUUUGACAUUGUUGAGAAUCACAAUAUCUCUUGCAAAAUAUCAUUCAUAUUGUCUUUACUGGGAGACUUGAUUCCAAAGGGACAUAAUGUGCUUAUAUUUUCUCAAUCAAAGAAGAUGCUUAAUCUAAUUCAGGAGUCACUGACAUCUAGUCAUUACAAGUACAUGAGAAUAGAUGGUGAUACCAAAAUCCUGGACAGAGCUAAAGUUGUAAAGGAUUUUCAAGAGGGUCGUGGAGCUCCAAUUUUUCUCUUGACUUCCCAAGUUGGUGGUUUGGGCCUUACACUCACUAAUGCGGAUCGUGUAAUUGUGGUUGAUCCAGCAUGGAACCCAAGCACUGACAAUCAGAGUGUAGACCGUGCAUACCGAAUUGGGCAGAAGAAGGAUGUCAUAGUGUACAGAUUAAUGACAUGUGGAACUGUGGAAGAGAAAAUUUAUAGAAAGCAGGUAUUUAAAGGUGGCUUGUUUAGAAGUGCAACAGAACAAAAGGAGCAGAUCCGAUAUUUCAGCCAACAGGACUUGCGGGAUCUCUUCACUGUGCCCAAACUAGGAUUUGAUGUUUCUCCCACCCAACAACAGUUGCUUGAAGAACAUGAUCGGGAGCAUACUAUGGAAGAAUCUCUUAGAGGCCAUGUAGAGUUCCUUGAAACUCUCAACAUAGCUGGAGUCAGCCAGCACAGUUUGCUCUUUUCUAAGGCAGCCCCUUCGAAUGAGGUUGAGAUACUUGAUGUCGAGGAACCGAAAAGGUCCAGAGGGACUACGUACAUGGGGAAUGCAUCUACACGAUCACCACUUGAACAUAAUGUCGAUGGAGCACAGUACGCAUUUAAUCCCAAGGAUGUAAACAGAAUGCGGAGAAACUCAGUUCCUGAUGUCACCGAACCAUCUGAAGCUGAAAUCAAAGAGAGGAUAAGUCGCUUGUCUCAUAUAUUCUUGAAUACGGCUGCAGUGUCGAGACUACCUGAUAAAGGAGAGAAAAUACACAAGCAAAUAAAUGCAUUGGAAGUUCAGCUGAAUAACCUGCGGAUGUCAAAAGGGGACAAGGUUAACGUAAUUGAAUUAUCGUAAGUGUUCUGAUUGUAAACCAUAAUGUAAAUUUUGGUGCCAUGCAUUGUUAACAUUUAAGUAUGUUUCCCAUGGCACCUCAUUUCAACUAGAAAACAAAAACAAGUAUGACUCCCAUGGCACGUGCCAACUUUUUGGACUCUUUAACUCUGAAAAUUUUUGAAGUUGCUAUUUUCUAGCAACUAUAUUUCCUUAUUUUA